AUGGCGGCUACUAGUGAAGUGAGGAGGAUCAAGCUAGGAAACCAAGGACUUGAGGUAUCAGCGCAAGGUCUUGGUUGUAUGGGACUUUCCAUCUUCGAAGGAGCUGACAAGUUUGAAGCAGAACACGUUGCUCUCAUUCACCACGCCAUUGACUCUGGCAUCACGCUCCUUGACACCUCUGACGUCUACGGUCCCGAGACCAAUGAGUUGCUAUUGGGAAAGGCUCUGAAAGAUGGCAUGAGGGAGAAAGUGCAACUAGCUACCAAGUUUGGGAUGCUCUAUGAAGAUGGGAACUGGUGUUAUAGAGGAGAUCCAGCUUAUGUCAGAGCUGCAUGUGAAGCGAGCUUAAGGCGUUUAGGUGUUAGCUGCAUUGACCUUUAUUACCAGCACAGGAUUGAUACUACUGUCCCCAUAGAAGUCACAAUGGGAGAGCUGAAGAAGCUGGUUGAAGAGGGGAAGAUAAAGUACAUAGGCCUCUCUGAAGCCUCUGCUUCCACUAUAAGAAGAGCUCAUGCUGUUCACCCGCUCACUGCUGUGCAGUUAGAAUGGUCUUUAUGGUCAAGAGACGUUGAAGAAGAUAUCAUUCCUACUUGCAGGGAGCUUGGGAUUGGAAUUGUAGCUUACAGUCCUUUAGGACUAGGCUUCUUUGCUAAAGGCCCAAAACUCAUUGAGAAUGUGGACAAUGGUGACUACAGAAAGGCAAACUGUAUUGCUCUAUUGCAGGGUUUACCGAGAUUUCAACAAGAGAACUUAGACCACAACAAGAUUCUAUAUGAGAAAGUAAAUGCAAUGGCAGAAAAGAAAAGCUGCACACCUGCACAACUAGCACUUGCAUGGGUUCACCACCAAGGAGAUGAUGUAUGCCCAAUCCCAGGAACCUCCAAGAUCAAAAACCUUAAUCAGAACAUUGGAGCGUUGUCUGUGAAACUCACCACACAAGAGAUGGCUGAGCUUGAAGCCAUGGGACGUCCUGAUUCUGUGAAAGGGGAAAGAUCAGCCACUUAUAUAGUUACCUACAAGAACUCUGAAACUCCACCUUUGUCUUCUUGGAACACUGCAUAA